CUCGCCUCCUGCUGGGAAUCUCACAGCAGCAGGGAUCAGGUUAUAGUACAUAGGAGGCAGCAGCAAGCAGGGAGGUCUCUGUUACUGGUCUGGCUGCUAUAUGGGAGGCAGGAAGGUGCCCACUGGCCAUACCACCAGCACAAGGAGCAAGAGACCUAGCUGGGGCUAGUCUACCUUGCAUCUUUGCAGGCUGUUCCCCCACCACUGCUUUUCCUUCAUACUCUCCAGUGCAAGGAACCUGCAAGAAUGACUUUUCUCUCCCUGAUGUGGACACAGGUUCUCUCUGCGAGUCUUGGCAGCAAAGUGUCCUGAGCAGGAGCAGGGUGCCCUGUCAUUGCAUUUACCACUCUGCUUUUCCAUUUUCUUUUCUAUUUUUUUUUCCCCAUUUUCAUUUGGAGUGACAGAAAAGAGGGACAAAAGAAGCUGCAACUUUCUCCCCUGAUCACAUGUGUGCCUGGGAUACUGCACAAGUUACUCACUGCUGGGGGACGUUGUUUGAGGUGGAUUAAGUAAUGCUCCUCCGCCUUUAUGUCAUGGUGAUCUCAUACCUUUGUGCCAUCAGCGCUGCCCCCUUCCAAAACCAGAGCACUGACCGUGAUUAUGGACCAGACAAUUCCACCUACACCUCAGACCGACCACAGGGACCCUAUAAUUUCACUGAGGGACUACAUGAAGGCAUCUACCCAGACUUGUCAACCACAUAUCCCGACAUGUCUGGUAAAGAAUGGAACCUUUAUUCCCCAAGAGUGGCCCUCUCUAGUCAGGAGCCAUCAGGACCCCCUCUUCUGUUCUUGGCUGAGGAGGUAGUUGCCCAUUCAGAACCAGCCAAUAGGACUUCUCGGGUGAAAAGGGCACAGGGGUCGGAGUCUAUCAGCCCCUCUCGGAGGGGAGAUCUUUCCGUGUGUGAUAGCAUGAACGUCUGGGUUACGGACAAGCGCUCAGCUGUGGAUGUUCGGGGUAAGACCGUAACCAUCAUGUCUGAAAUUCAGACCCUCACAGGACCCCUGAAGCAGUACUUUUUUGAAACCAAGUGUAACCCUGCUGGUGGUACCACUAAUGGUUGCCGAGGGGUGGAUAAAAGACAGUGGAUAUCAGAGUGCAAAGCAAAACAGUCCUACGUCCGGGCACUGACCAUGGAUGACAAGCAGGUUGGGUGGCGCUGGAUCCGGAUAGAUACUGCUUGUGUCUGCACCCUGUUAAACAGAAGUGGAAGGACGUAAAAUUGGGGAAGGCAGAGGGUGAUCCUCACCGUGGUUUACUGUGGUUAGGGAAAGCGGAUGGAGCUCCUGUAGUUUUCCUUAAGCUGUUUACAAUAUGGCACAGCGGCCUGCAUAACACAUUCCUGGAGUCACGCCACAAACACACAAAUGUUUGGGGGAUGGAGGAGCCAUGAAGCAACAGCUGCCAUCAGGAGUGGUUUUAACGUUACCACGUCGCAAAGGAGCACGAAAACUGGAUACAAAUAGACACGCUGCCCCCGGGACUAAGGCGUCACCUCCCCGUGCUUUCUGCAGUUUAGUGCCUUUCACUUUGAAUUUGCACAGUAUAGUGAUCAGUAAAACGGAGUUUUGUUACUAACAGCCAGUACAGUUUCAGAAGCGGCACCGUGGAUAAUCACCUACGUGUACCGUUACCGGUAGAGAGGCUAAAGUAUGAGCAGAGCAAAAAAAGCAAGUAACUAUAGACCACGUUGCAAUGCAACGGUGCAAAUACAUUUAUAUGUUUUGCACGGACAGUAAAGACUAGCUGCAGGUGCAUGUAGCCCACAAAUGGUGGGAAGCUUUAUUUCUGCACUGCAAUUUAGAUGUGAGUUUGGACAAGUCCCUUCCAUAUCUAAAUCUCCCUGCACAUGAUACAUCUGCCCCACCUGCAAAGCAGCACGGUAUUACACAGGUGUAAACUGCUGUCCCUGCACAUUAUACAUCUGCCCCACCUGCAGUGCAGCAUGGUAUUACACAGGUGUAAGGUAGUGUCCCUGCACAUGAUACAUCUGCCUCACCUGCAGUGCAGCAUGGUAUUAUACAGGUGUAAGUUAGUGUCCCUGCACAUGAUACAUCUGCCCCACCUGCAGUACUGCACGGUAUUAUACAGGUGUAAGUUAGUGUCCCUGCACAUGAUACAUCUGCCCCACCUGCAGUGCAGCAUGGUAUUGCCCAGGUGUAAGGUACUGUCCCUGCACAUGAUACAUCUGCCCCACCUGCAGUGCAGCACGGUAUUAUACAGGUGUAAGUUAGUGUCCCUGCACAUGAUACAUCUGCCCCACCUGCAGGGCAGCAUGGCAUUGCCCAGGUGUAAAGUACUUGCUCUUUUUUGCUUUGCCCCCAAGACUGAAUCAGCCCCAUAAUCUGAAAAUCCGGUUUACACAUGUCUGCUAUGGACAAAGUCAGCCCAUGUUGGCAUUUUCAAUGAGAGACCUGUUUGCAUUUGAUUCUUAUUAAUUGUGUAGAAGGGAACUGCUGGAGAACGUGUGUUUAUUUUACUUGUCCCCAGGUACUAGGCAGUUUACAUUGUAAGCUAUUAUAAAGUUGUUAUUCUAUUUGUAAAUUUUAUAUAUCUAUAAAUAUAUAUGUGUAUAUAUAUUGAGAAAUAUAACUUAUUGUAAUUUUGUUUUUAUGAACCGCAUGUGACAGUCCCCCCCCCUCCCCAUCAUUGCUUCCCGCCCAUCAGAGCUGCUUUCUACCCCAUAUUUAUUACCCCUUACUCACUGUCAGAGCAUUCACCCUCAUGUUUGCCACGUACUGUAUAUCACUGUGUACAUGUGUCCAUUAGUAAUGGUCAGGAACAGACUUGGGGUAAUGGUUUAUCCAUAAAUGGGAUUAUUAUACAAACUAGAACCUCUAACCUCCUCUGUAAGAUAUCCUAUAAUUGGUUGGACUUAUUAUUGGAGAAAUAAUCACAUAUAUUCUAUUAUGUGUAUUUUUUGUUAUUUUAUCCCCUUUUUGUGUGUCAGGUACAGAUGUAUCCUCAUACAAUGUGACUUCAGUCGCGCCCUAGGUCCCGUGCAACCCAGCUCGGCGCGCUAGGUCCCGUGCAACUCAAUGUGCGUCUCAGUCACAAGGCAAUGCGACAAAACCGCUUCGUUUGUGACGUUGUACAUAUCUAAAACAAUUCCUGUGGUGUUAAAGUCAAAGCCCGGUGUCUCUGGUACAGACUGAGUGGUGUUUCGUUGUAUCUGUGAUGCAACUAAGACGCUACACCGCUCGGCAAGAAUCACUCGCGCAAGGCGUCUCGCAUAUUCAGGCUAGGUAUAUGAAUAAACAUCUGUGGGUUCUACUUAUGUUAUCACAGGAAGACGUUAUCUGGGAAGAUGUCUAUCAAAGUGUGUUCUAAUUUCUACAGCAUUGCCCCUAAUUUACCAAAAGCAAUUCCCCAUGCAAAUCCCCACUUUGAUAAGAAAUCGCCAUACAUCUCAUAAUACCAGAAAUCAUUGAGUGCAGAGCAGGGGUCUCUGUUAAGGGGGGUACUCACGGAGCGAUCG